AUGGACUACCCUGGGCCAAACCCGGACUACCCUGGGCCAAACAUGGACUACCCUGGGACAAACACGGACUACCCUGGGCCAAACAUGGACUACCCUGGGACAAACCCGGACUACCCCGGCCAAACAUGGACUACCCUGGGCCAAACCCGGACUACCCUGGGCCAAACAUGGACUACCCUGGGACAAACCCGGACUACCCCGGCCAAACAUGGACUACCCUGGGCCAAACCCGGACUACCCCGGCCAAACAUGGACUACCCUGGGCCAAACCCGGACUACCCUGGGCCAAACAUGGACUACCCUGGGACAAACACGGACUACCCUGGGCCAAACAUGGACUACCCUGGGACAAACCCGGACUACCCCGGCCAAACAUGGACUACCCUGGGCCAAACCCGGACUACCCUGGGCCAAACAUGGACUACCCUGGGACAAACCCGGACUACCCCGGCCAAACAUGGACUACCCUGGGCCAAACCCGGACUACCCCGGCCAAACAUGGACUACCCUGGGCCAAACCCGGACUACCCUGGGCCAAACAUGGACUACCCUGGGACAAACCCGGACUACCCUGGGCCAAACCCUGACUACCCUGGGCCAAACCCUGACUACCCUGGGCCAAACGAGCGCCACCCUACGGUCACUCUGUUGUAG